UUUGGAAACAUUCAAACAUUAUUGUAGUUUAUGUUUCAACACGUUCAAUAGAGCAAACUUUUGUUGAACAUAUAUGGAUCCGUCGGCGCCAAAUUCUAGCUACCAAGGACAGCCACCAGGCCCACCAUACCCCCCAGCACAACAAGGAUAUCCUCCACAGGCUGGUUAUCCCCCAACGCAAGCUUAUCCUGCUCCACAGCAACAGCAAUAUCCUCCACAACAACCCUAUCCUCCUAAUACCCAAGUUCAGCAACCCGGAGGAUAUGGCUACGCACCCUUACAACAACCACAACAAUACGGCACAGGUUAGUAGUUACAAGUCUAGAUUUCUUUGUUUCUAUGUGUGAUAUAUUUUACUUGCUUUGUACGCGAACGUGUAUUUUAGUAUCGUACCAAAUAUGUGUAUAAAUUUGCAGCAUCAUAACAACUGUGUACAAAAUGGCAUUCACUAUAUUUGAGAUAACGUGACUUUAAUACGUAUAACUAUUUGGUACUUCACUUUAAUGUAGAAAUACAAGCAAAUAUACCAAGUAUGAGUAUUUGACAUUUAAAAAGGUUAUUGACCAUUGAACGCGUCAGCCACAUGAUAAGACUUCCUCUACUUUCACAUUCGAAUGUGCAUGUAGCCAUAGGCAGGUGAUUUUCAUAAUAAAACCACAAUAAUUUGGUUAAAGCAAUUGAAAAAAAAUAUUCGGAAUGGUAAAAGCAAUUGAAAAAAUAUCCAUCAUUAGAGAUGCAGUACACUUCGCGUACAGUCCAAGCGUUUAUAAUCAAAUACUCUGAACCCAGCUAGUCGUCUUCAUAUCGUCACAGAUAUCGUCUUCAUAUAUGUCUUAUCGCUUUCGCGCAUUCUGAUUGGCUAGUUGAAUAGUAAAUCUGACGCAGCAGUAGUGAUGGGCGAUACCGACAGUAUCGGUUUCGAUACAAUACCGAUUACUUUUUGGUUAAAGUAUCGAGGUAUCGAUUACCCAAACGAUUACUUCCUCCAAUUUUCAAACUAAUAAAUGUAAGUCACUUAAUAAAGAGCCGACUGUUAAAGAAGUAGCCUUCUACUGUAACAGUAACGAUAUAUUUUCAGAAAGUUACAUAUUUUUAACAGUAACGAUUUGAUCCGCCAUUUUAAUCCACAAAAAAACAAAAACUACUUUAUUUCCCGCCUUUUUCAUAAUUUAUUUUGUCGAUGAGGAUAGAAUGUCAAAUAAAGUAUAAAGGAAGUUUGAUUAAAUUGAUAAAUGCAGCAAAAUACAAAAAAGUACAUAAAUAUUAUAAGAAAUAACCAUGAAAACGAUGACACAACUGCAGGAUUAUAAUAAAAUUAAUCGAUACCGUGCAGUAUCGACUACUUCCUGUUUGGGCCUGGUAUUGGGUGAUAUCGAUACCAAGUAGUCGGUAAUCGCCCAUCACUAACGAGCAGACCAGAAAAUAAUGCUUUUCAAAAAGAAUGAUUCAGCAAAUUUGGUUUCAAAAUUGACGAAAUAUUGAAAAAAGUUAACUUGAGGUGUGGGGUUGCUUUUAUUAUUUUACUGUAUCAAACAUAUUCACAAACAAUUUAAAACUUUAUGGUUAAAACUCUGAAACAUUCACUUAAAACAAAUAGCAAAAACUAUAUCCUGACUAUGGGAAAAACCUUGCAGUGAUAUUAUUUUAAAAUCAAACCCUGGUAUAAAUAGCGAGAUAUUUGUUUUUGUUAUACUAAUUAUAAUAAACAAAAUGUCAAAAUUGUACUAGUCACUUAGCCACUAAAAUAUACCUACCCAAUACCAUCACAUUACUCCUGAAAUAUAACUACCUGUAAAUUACAUCAUGAUUUCAAUCUCUCAUUUUAAAAACUUACUGGGUAGUCACAUAGUCAUUAAUAUGCCUGGUAUUGUGUCUUGCCAUUAUUUCAUUAUUCCAAUCUAUUGAUCGUCCUCAGGCCUUAAAAUAUUGGUCGGUCACAGACAUUGUCCAACCCAUUCAUGAAUUUGUCUAACAUAGUGAGGAAACCACCGGACAUUCUGUCCGACUAAGUGAAACUGAGGUUUAUUGUUUGUCCGACCCGAGUGUAUUGGUGUCCGACCGAACGGUAGCUUUGUCCAACGUAAAUCAAAGUGUGCCCUAGUCCAGGAAUAGAGGCUCGACUAUGUUAAAUGGAAAAUCAGAGUGAUGUAUAAAAAGUGAACUGGAAAUGUUUUAAUGCAAUCGAGGGCGGGGCGACGAGCGAAAUGGUGAAGUGGAAAACAGGCUUAAGUUGUCAAAGUCUUUCUGCUGUUUUUGACAAGCCAGUUAAUUUAUGAUGCAAGAUGAUGCAAGAAGCAUCGAAACCUUGUUGUAAUAAAAUAAAAUUAAUAUCGCUAUCAUUUGUUUCACAGUUAAUUCCAGUUAAUUUAGCUUGGAAAUACGUAUGAUCAUAGUAUGGUAUGAUCGAAUGAUGCAAAUUACUUAAUAUUUUCACAACAUUUACCGUUUAGAAUUAAUACAUUGUGCUGAUAUUAAUUCGUGUCAUUCAGACUUAUUUCGGAGCCAAACUGAACUGAAGGUCAUCGGACAUCAUCAUACACAUGUCCGACCGAUUAUUCUUUUGUUGCAGGUGAGCCUGCAUGGCUGAAAACUAUGGUAUACAGCCAGCCAGAGUAGUGACAUCUAAUAUUUUAAAAUUUACUAAGUUCUAUACAUUUAAUCAUUAGAUAUAUUAAAUAUUACAUGUCAGUAUGUUAUUCUGUCAGUUUGUAGUGCCAAUAAUAUGUAAAAGCGUCCUCAGAAACACUUUACAUUGUUGGCCGGGGUAGAAGUGAAAUAUUGAAUACAAGACGUUUAAAUUAAUCUGAAUAUUUCUGGUAAGAAUUGGCAUAUUUGAAAGAUAAAUUAAUUCUUACAGGUACAAAUAUUGUAUAGAAUAUUAAAGAAAAAAUAUUCCGUUUUCAUCAGUCUACUAUUUAUUAUUAGUGGUAUGUACAUACAGCGAUACAGAAUAAGCUUAAAAUAGUAUUUAUCAUUUUGCUGUUUAGAAAUAUAACUUUUAUCUUUAGCUGUUUUACCAAUGCAGCCAUGGAAACCAAUGAAGGUUAAUAUCAACAAUUUCUUUUUAUACAUUCGUUGAUUCAAAGUAUGGUCAGUACUGUACACUAUGACGUACGUAUAACUCUAUGUUUAAUUUAUGAAGAGAAAUUUUUGAUCUAUGAUUUAUAUUUAAGUGCAUGUGUAAUAAAGUAGAUUCGAUAUCUUUAAGUAUGUCAAAGGGUUUUCACUAUUCUUUACGUGAUUCUGAACUAGUAUUAGAGAAGAAUAGAUUUAGAACUAAUGUAUAUAAGUUUUCAUAUUCUACUCGACUCGUAUAGUUGACUUAGUUACAUGGGCGGAUUUACUGGGGGGGGGGGUUAAACCCCCUAGAAUCUCUCUAAACCCUCUAAUAAAGUGUUCAACCCACCAAAAUUUCGCUUCACUACUCCUAUUUUGUGUGAAAGGCUUUAACCCAAACGCCUUUAACCCCUGCCAAAGCUCAAUGAGUGGUGCUGCUUGCACCCACCAGAAAGUUUUCUACCCCUCUUUUUAAAUAAAUGAAAAUCUGCCCUUUCUUAGUUAUAUGGAACAAUGUUCCUCUGACCUAUCGCUUAAGAAAAAGUUUAUUGAAUAUUACACAAAAAAUUUCCACGAUAAAUCGGGCAGUAUUAAACUAAACGAUGAUUUUUUUGUAGAUUAAUGUAUUAAAUACGUUAAGAAAUAUAGGUAGUACAGUAUUUUUUCACGUAGAUUAUUUAAUCCUCAUUAUACCAUGGUUGUUUUUAAAAAUUCCAACAUGCAUAAUUAAACCGAGUAAAUAAAUAACAUUUAUUGCAAUCCAAAAUUAUCAUUUUUAAUUAUUUUUUGUGAAAGUUAUUACUUAGAAUUUGUAGUUAUAUUUAGCUUUAAUUGUUUAGCAAAUGGAACCUGCAGAGUGGAAAGCUAAAUAUACUAUAAGUGUGUUAAUUCCAUACUCAUUUUGGAAUGGCACUGUCAUUUUCAUGCCAUAUACUGUACUUUAAAGUUUCAACUAGGGCAACGUGUAUAACUUAAAAAUAUACAGACAGUAUAUACCAGCAUUAAUUACCCCUUUUUUUCAUGCCGCGCUCUGAAUUGUCAUGCAUGUAUGUCAGCCGCACUUUAGUUUUGAGCGCCGCAUUGCCACUGGUUAAAUACCGUAAUUUAUGCCACCAGAUAAAAUAAACCGCGAGUCGGCACUUAUUCUAUAACAUAUAUGUAAACCACGAUAAGAGGUAUCAUCCUACAAAGGAUACCGAACAAGUUGAGAAAGUCUGUAUUACCACAGACAAUCCAGAAGACAGAUGUCUUCUGGAUUGUCUAUGGUAUUACUUGGUUGAAUUUUCUUUAGUAUAGAAUGGCAUGAAAGCAUAUUUCGAUACAUGCAGCCGUUUUGAAAAUAUAACGAUUUUCUUUUUAUAUUUGGAUUUCUACUUCCGUCAGACGGCAACUUCACGCCGUAUGACAACAAUCUUGAGAUAUAACAAUUUUCCCGUCAAGUUGACGACUCUGUUUUCAGAUGCGAUCAUGGCGACUCGUUCUAAUCACAAAUGUUCUGCGCGGCCUCCAGACAGAACCUGACAAGCUAGAAAUGUCUAAAUUGUUUCAUUUCGUCCAUUUAAUGUUAAUGAAGAAUAGCAUUGAAUAAGUUUUUUUCGAUGGCUUUAAACGUUCCGACGUUAUUGCGUUUUUAUUAUGAAAAUCAUCAGUCUCUUUUCAUAUUCGAAUCUGAAAGUGAAAUUACGAAUCUGAAAAUGAAAUGGUUUCAACAUCGUAUGUAAACCACAUGGCGCAAAAAAGUUUCCAUUUGCCCAUCAAAAAUAUCCAAAUGCCGCAAAUCCAAGCUCACACCUUAUCCUACAAUAAAUUUAGAGUAAGGAAUUGCAAUAUUCUCUGACUAUUUUUCUUUCGUUUGGGGUGGAACACGCGCUUCAGGAAAGUACUUCACCUUGGCUGCCUCGAUCGUUUUCGUAUAUCUGUGACAUUAGUUAAAGCGAAGCAUCGCCAUCAUCGAGAACGAGGCUCUAUAGCCGAGUUGUGACGUACUUUCCUGAAGCGUGUAUUGGACGAAUUCAAGUCACGGCGACGGCUAAACAAACUGUUUGAAACAAAUGAUUGUAUGGAAAUCUUGUCUUGUAUUUACUUUCUAAGUAUGAAUUUGGUACAGUUUCGAACGAGUAAAACACCUUCAGAGCAAUUUUGAUCAAUUCUGCUAGAAAAACUACCUGUUACCGCUUGAAAUGGUAGCGUACUAUACGAGACGUGAAAAUAUGCAUUUUGACGACGUCAAAACCACUGCUAGACUUUUAAUUAUUCAUUUAUUUUGUGCCAUAUGAUUAAUGUCAUUGUAUUGAUCGUCUUGGCGUUGUCGACUUCCUUGCGUAAGCUCCCUAAGCGCUCUUGACAUGUAGUAUCGUAUUUGAUUUAACAAUUCUGAAUCUGAAAAUGUACUCACAUGCUGUAAAGUUUGGUCCGCGCUCAAGCAAUGCGUCAUAUAUAUAUUUGGAACUGAAUUUCAGUCCGCACGUUGUCUACUGUCCAGUUGUUCUCUUGAGGUCAGUUUUACGACUUUACAGCGCUCUCUUCAGUACGAAGGCCGGAUAGCGCUGUCCACCGGGUAGUUUUCAACCGUUAUAAAAAUUAUUGAAAUACUGCGUGGGAUAUAUAGACCUAGAAAUGGCCAAAAAUCACUAUCCGGCGGAUACCGCUAUCCAGCCUUCGUACAACCGGCCCUGGAAAGGAGCUGAUUUGAUAUUUUAAAAUGUUGUCGUAUCAUGACCAAGUGAUAUUUAUCUUAUUAAGGUGUCCCACCAGUAGCAGUUCAGCCAGGCGGCUGGAUGCCAAUUCCUGUUGUGCAGUCUGACUGCCCUCCUGGACUCGAGUAUCUCACACAAAUUGAUCAGCUCUUGAUUAAACAGCAAGUCGAGUUACUGGAAGGUAAAUUAGCGAUAUAAAAGAGAUUUAAUACCAGUUACGCAAGUGAGAUUUAUUCAAUCAGACAUCUCUAUUGAGUGAGAUGGGUUUACACACUCUGCUACGGUACGUGUACGCAUUCCGACUUCGGCUGAGACCAAUUUCAGGUUUUGCUGAAUGAUUAUUAUGAAUAUGUGUCAGUUAAUCACUUAAUUACGUCAGAUGACAUUGAUGUGUGUUUUCAAUAUCAUUAUGUUCGGUCUAAAAUCGACUGAAAAGUCAAUCCAUUUUCUCCAAUGUUAUGUAACGUGUUUGAUCGAGUGUCAAUACAAUCAUACCAAAAUGUAGAGGAGGUCAGCUCAAAGCCUGGAUUUCACUAGCUACAAAGUUCAGAUUUCUAAAGUAAAACAUUCUUUUUUUCAACAUUCUUUUUAAUUUUAGCUUUUACUUCGUUUGAGACCAACAACAAGUACAAAGUUCAGAAUUCUCUCGGACAGCAAAUUUAUUUUGCAGCUGAAGGUAAUUUUUUUUCAAAGGUUAUGAACAGUUUCUUUUAACUUCCAUUAAAGCUCUGUAAAAUCUAGGAAACAUUGUUUCUAAAACAUCAUUUCGUAGCCACAUUUAUCGAAGGUGGACAAACCAGGAAACAUGAAUUCUUUCCUAGCCAUGUUUCCCGAAGGUGGAUAAACCAGGAAACAUUGUUUCCUAGCCAUGUUUCUCGAAGAUGGGCAAACCAGGAAACAUUGUUUCCUGGUCAUGUUUCUUGAAGGUGGGGGAACCAGGAAACAUUGUUUCCUAGUCAUGUUACUUGAAGGUGGACGAAUCAGGAAACAUUGUUUCCUAGCCAUGUUACUUGAAGGUGGACAAACCAGGAAACAUUGUUUCCUAGCCAUGUUACUUGAAGGUGGACGAAUCAGGAAACAUUGUUUCCUAGUCAUGUUACUUGAAGGUGGGGGAACCAGGAAACAUUGUUUCCUAGCCAUGUUUCUUGAAGGUGGACGAAUCAGGAAACAUUGUUUCCUAGCCAUGUUACUUGAAGGUGGGGGAACCAGGAAACAUUGUUUCCUAGCCAUGUUACUUGAAGGUGGACGAAUCAGGAAACAUUGUUUCCUAGCCAUGUUACUUGAAGGUGGGGGAACCAGGAAACAUUGUUUCCUAGCCAUGUUUCUUGAAGGUGGACGAACCAGGAAACAUUGUUUCGUAGCCAUGUUACCCGAAGGUGGACGAAUCAGGAAACUUUGUUUUCUUGCCAUGUUACCCGAAGGUGGAUAACGCGGAAACAUUGUUUCCUAGCCAUGUUACUCGAAGAUGGGCAAACCAGGAAACAUUAUUUCCUAGCCAUGUUUCCCGAAGGUGGACAAACCAGGAAACAUUGUUUCCUAGCCAUGUUGCUCGAAGAUGGGCAAACCAGGAAACAUUGUUUCCUAGCCAUGUUUCUUGAAGGUGAACAAACCAGGAAACAUUAUUUCUUUGCUAGCCGUGUUUCUUGAGGUGGACGAAUCAGGAAACUUUGUUUCCUUGCCAUGUUACCCGAACGUGGAUAAACUAGGAAACAUUGUUUCGUAACCACAUUACUCGAGAGUAGAUAAACUAGGAAACAUUGUUUCCUAGUCAUAUUUCUUCACGUGAACAAACCACGUUGGAGUAGACAAUGGAAUAGUUUUCCCUGGACUUAAAUAAAGAGAAUGAUUUUUUUAAUUUCAGAUACGGAUUGUUGCACGCGACAAAUUUGUGGUCCUAGCCGUCCGUUUGACAUACAAAUUCUUGACAAUAUGCAGCGAGAGGUUAUCCAUCUCACUCGACCAUUGCGUUGUUCAUCGUGCUGUUUUCCUUGCUGUUUACAAGAGCUGGAGGUUCAAUCACCGCCUGGUAACGUCGUGGGCUACGUUGCGCAAAAGUAAGUUUUCUUUUCAGUGACCGGAAUAUUCCAUUUUAUUAUAUACACAAGGUCUGGAUAUGAGGUAUUUUGCAAUCUGAUUGGUUCUCUACUAGAAGGAUAUUAGCUCAUAUCCUGCUAGUGGAGAAAAACAAAAUGGCGGCCAAACUGAAUUUACGAUGUUUUGCAAACGAGAAAACGGCAAGUUGUCGCUUUUUAUAUAGCCUUCACAGGAUUAAAAACACAAUGAAAAAACUCCCACAAAUUGUUUUCAGGUUAGCAAAUAAAUUUUUAAUAUUUAAAAUGGUUAAAAAUAUAUAUUUUUAAAAAAAUAAUCGGCCGAAACAGCGAAGAUAAAAACAUAAACAAAAUAGAAAAAUAUUGAAAAUAUUCGAAAAGCAAAGUUUGUGAAUUCAGACCUUGUGUAUAUAAUAAAACAGUUAUUCCACUCACUCUCGUCAAAUAUGAGCGAUAGCCGAUUCGGCGCUACGCGCCUCAUCGGCUAUCAGCUCAUAUUCGACUCGAGUUCGUAGAAUAACUGUUAAGUAAUUUCAUUGUUUUGAAAGUCCCACUGUUCUCCCUGUCAUCUAGUCCCUCACUGUUCUGCAAAGUUUGAGGAAAAACUGUGCCUCAACUAUUUUAAGGCCACUUGAAUGGCUCGUCAUGUAUUUCCACUUCACUAUGCACUAUGGCGUACAUGUUACAUGUUGUAAAAAACUAAAAAUUGCAGUGCGUAUUAAAAAAGAUGUCAAUUAGUAAUCUUACAGGUUUUCUGACCGUAAUUUUUCCGUUUGCUCCAGAACAAUGAGAUAUAUUGCUUCGUUCUGACCUGUAGAAGAACUUUGUGUAAUGGGCUGUUUGCAUGAUCCCGCUUUACCGGGACGAGAUGUGAGGCUGGAUGAUUUUGAUGUAUUGAAAUAAGUCACGGUGCACGAUUCAGCAAAAUGACAUUUUUCUAAUGAUACAUUAUAGUAUAAUUGUAAAAGAAAGGUUGUUGAAACAUCAAUAAUAACUACGAGAUCUUCUCUGCAACAUUUGUGUUCUUUUAACCGGCGCUUCAGCUUUCGUUUAAGCCCAGAUCAAGCCUUCCAUCCCGGUAAACAGGGAGCAUGUAAACAGCCCCUAAAUGGAGGAAGUCCAGUGACGACAUGAUCCUUUAUCCUUGUUAGAAAAUAGUACUAGUACGUAGUUUGGGUAGCCAGCUAUCUAUGGUUGGCUUUGGAAAGUCAUGGAUAACAUAGUUGAGUCAAUGUUGUUAUCUUAUUUUAGGUGGUCCAUUUUUUACCCAAGAUUCGAAAUCCUUACAGCCACACGUGAACCAAUGUUACUUAUUGAGGGUCCAUUCUGUCAAUGUAACAUGUGCGGAGAUGUAGAAUACAAGGUUAUUAUUAUUAAAUACAUCUUACAUAAUAGUCAGAAAUUGAUAAUAGCCUAAUGUUCCAAUAUACCAUUUUUGACACGAACAUGUUGUUGCAACAUAGUCACAUAACCAGGCAGUCAUCCACCUCAACCUCGUUUCCAGGCUUUCCUGGGAACGAGGUUGCUUCACUUCUGCAGAACCUCGUGGUAACGGUACGGUUAAUGAUCGUGUUGGAAGUUUUAGUGAUUUUGUACUUUGGGUCAUCCAGCUUAGGAUUUAUUGCCCCUUGCAAACGUCUAUACCACAUUCGUUUGAGAUACUGCAUUCUUUACUGAGGUGAAUUCCGGUGAGGCAGUGUGACAACCUAACUACGUGGUUCGAAGCACUCAAGUUGGAAACACAUGGGCUGAGAGGUCUUGAAUCCAAACUCGUUGUUUCAUGCAAUACUAUGAACAUGGACAUUUUGAGUGUACGUUUUAUACAUUUAUUAAGAGCUAACCAGGAGCAGCUGCGAAAAUGCCACUAUAGGCCCUCUGUGUUAAAGCUCAACAACUGGAUUCCGUAGCUCAGUUGGUUAGAGCACUGCACCGGAAUCGUAGGGCCGCAGGUUCAAUUCCUGCCAGAGGGCCUAUCGUUGCAACUGUUCCUGGUUAGGUCUGAAUAAGUGAUUGUAUAAAAUUUACACGCGAAAUUAUCCUUCAACAUUAGUUAAAUGCCCAGAAAUCCGAAUACUAUGAACGCUCUGGUGUUGCUAAAGAUAUUUCCAGUUGUAGUCUUAGUCCAUAUCUUAAGCAGCUGCUGCAUGAUCAUCCCCAAAAAGAGAACAAAAGGCAAGUAGGAGUGACACAAUUCAAGCCCCGAGUUAAACGUGUUGAUGGAGGCUAGGAUAUUUUCUUAGGUCGGGAAUAAAGCCGGUUUUCCACUUCAAGCGUACCGUAUCGAAGCGUAUAUGCAAAACAUUUUUAAAUUUCAAAAUUUAGUGAUUGUUGAUUGGUUAAUACUUCCGUAGUACGCCAAAAAGUUGACUUGCGUCGAACUUUUUAUUUUGAUACGCGAAUACACCCGGAAGUACGUGGAUUUAUUAACCUCUUUUCAAUCUGCGCAUGCUCACCAGUACGUUUCGGUACGGUUGUAGUGGAAAACUGGCUUAACACGUAAGUGGAGUUUGAUUGGUUUUCUCGUGUGGUUCGAGGGUGUAGUCCUCUGGUUUUCAGUGGUUUUCCUCCCUCGUCAAAUGCGAACCUUCGGAACCCUUGGUGAAUUGGGUACCUGUGUAAUAGUCAUUAAGUGACUUCGUAACGUUAGUGGUAUCUUUUUUAUUAUCAUCCUAGUAAAAUUUUAAAUAUUUGCAUAAUUUUAACUUAAUAAUUAUAAUAGUAAUUAAAUAAUAAUUCGUAUUUUGUCAACUUUACGUAAUUCAGCCUUUGGCUGCAAUGUAAAUGUUUUAUUAAACUAUCUAUCUAUCCACUAUCUAUCUUAUAUUAAAUAGUUUACGAUCUACGACGCGGCCGGAUCUACGCGUCGGUCUGCAUUCCAGCUGAAGAAUGAGCGCUAAGCAAUUUGAUUACUGUAAUAAAUAUUUGAAGCUUUUUCAAAUAACCUUACAAACUGCUAAGUUCGGCUAAAGCGAUGCAAUGUUUGCUCUUGAGUCGUAAUAACCUUUCACGUUGCUUGAAAGACGUGAUAAUGCUUAGUUUAACGUUGAGUUGAGGAUGACAAAGCCGUUGACCCCUGGAACCACGAAUUAUUCACAGUUUUUAUCUUGCAUGACAAAUUUCUUUCUUUCGAAAACGCGUCGUUGAGCCGGCCGCGUCGUAGAUCGUAAAUUCUUUAUUAAUAUUAUAGUGACAGAAAACUUUUAUUCCUCAUUCUUUAGGUUCUUUCUAAUGAUGGUGUGACUGAAGUAGGAAAGAUCUCCAAGCAAUGGUCUGGGCUGAUUAAAGAGGCUUUUACAGACGCAGACAAUUUUGGAAUAACAUGUAAGAUGAAUAAGUCACUCUCGCGUGAUACAUUUGAACACAAUCUUUACUAAGUUCUUUGUAUGUUUGCAUGGCGAUAAAACAUAUAAUAGUUUUGUUAGUGGAAACACCACGUAAAUUUAUGCAGUAAUAAAUUUACGUGGUGUUUCCACAAACAAAACUAUUAUACAAUCUUUACUGUUUUUCCAUAUUUCUCGUACAUUUCACUGCAUCACUUUGUUUUGUCCUAUCUCGCAUGUGAAACUGAAGAAACGAGAAUGAAAUGUUUCUCUUCGUGGUAUUUACCAACGUGUAUUAGGUUUUGGAAUAUUGAUGCGAAAUAUGGCACUAUAUACUGUUUGCCCCAAUAUUUGAGCGACGAAAUCGAAACUAUACAACGAAGAGCACUUCGUAUCAUCUUUCCAGACCUAACGUAGAAUGAUGUCGUGAUUGCCGCAUGAGUCGUUGUUUGAGCGAAGAGUCACACAUGCGAGAUAUGUUUUGACCUGACGCGUGCUGAUAAAACCCAAAAGUUACUUACAUCACUUGUUCCUCCCAAGCACGAUACCGGAUAUUUUCUCUAUAACAAUAAUUAUUAUAGUCUUUUAAUUACAAUGUAUAUAAGACUAAUUGAUUUCGAAACAGUAUCAUCCCAGCCGCGAGUAAAACCCAUUAUGGAAUACUACAUAAUAAAUAUAAUUAAGUAAAUUAAUUAGUUUUUAGGUAUUUCUUUUAGAUAUCUUGUAACCUGGAAUUUUUCAUCUACAUUUAAAUUUGACUCCUGUAAACCAAUAUAAUUCUGUUUUACAACAAAAUUGGUAUUUCAAAUAAUAAUAAAUAUACUUAACAAUUAUUGGAUGAGGCUGAGCAGGAUAUCCAGAAUUAUUUAGACCGAGGUCAAUGUUAUCUGCCGAAGCCGAACGGCAGAUAACAUUGACCGAGGUCCCGAGGUCUGAAUAAUUCUGGUAUCCUGCGCAAGCCGAAUUCAAUAAUUGUUUUAUUUUUCAUUUUGUGACAGACAGAAAGAAAACAAAACAAGCAACAAUUGAAAACAAAUAAAUAUUCAUUGAAUUGAUUAACUUUUCAUAAAUAUAAAUACAGCAUAAUUGUUAAGGUUACAGAACACCUUUGAGUGUUAAUUUUGCCUACAUUUUUUUUAUUGGUUUCCAUGAAAGCAUUAGACUAGUUCUACUAUCUGACCAAGUUUGAACGAAAAAUGUUGAAAACUCGCAGAGUUAUUUAAUAAAAUAGCUACAUUUCGCUGCAAUAAGAAAAACAUUGAAAAUGUAAUAUUCAAAUUCAAUUUUCUCCCGAAAAAGUUUACGCCGUAAUUACUGAUUUUCAAACGAGUUGUGCUCCUGCGGGUUUUAACCAGGACAUAUAAUUUUCACAGGACAUAGCUAAAGACGUCAGUUUCAAAAUUGUGUUCGGCUUUUUUUUAAUUUUGGAUAUUUUAAUAAUAAAGAGUAAUUCACUCAAACAAUUCAGAAAUAUAUUGCAGUCGUCAAAGAAAUCGCCAUAUCAGCGGAAUGACGAAAUAAACAAAAAAUUCCGAACACCAUUUCUUAGAACAACUAUUUUACUGUAUAAAAAUGAUAUUUUCAUAAAUAUAACUUAAAACCAGCAGGAGCACAACUCAAAAGCGUAACGGUACCGCGAUUUAAGAGUUUCCUGAAUAAUUCUUACAUUUUAUUGUUUGUUAAUUUUACAACUUUACCAUAUUUUGCAUGCCCUGGCGAACAUUUGGUGAAAAUUUGAUUAAAAUCGGACUGAUAUUGAGCGCGCAGUAGCGCUUUUCCGCAAAACGCCAAAAAGGGUGUCCUGUAACCUUAACAAUAUUUCAAACACUCAGAGAAAAUUUACUGUAUUAAAUAAUUAUAGCAAGUUUCGUCUAGCUGAAAUAAACAUUUUUUCAAUUUCCUGCGUUGAAAACGUUGCGAAACGAGCACUAGCCAUUGUAAACAAUUGAAAAAGCCGCUCAACUAAAAAUUUCCCGCCAAUUUGUACUUUCACAUAAAAUACCUCCGAAAUAUCUCUGGCGCCGUCCAAUAACCUCUGCAUAUUACUGUUUCCGCUGGAAAUAGCGCAGGCACCUACAAAUACCCAAAAUUAUUUGUAGGCUCUUAGCCAAUGAAAAACCGAGAACACAGUACAAUGAAUAAUAAAUUAUUUUAUUAUCUUCAGUUCCUAUGGAUCUUGAUGUGAAAAUGAAAGCUACAAUGCUGGGUGCUGCUUUCUUGAUCGUAUGUAUUAUUUAUCCAGAGCACAGUUUCACAGUGAGCUCAUAAAUAUCUGGAGUGAAAUUGAGUCCAAAAAGUGAAGCCAAAGAUUGAGAUGUUGGACGUCAGUUUCAGUCCCUUUCUAUUGUUUUUUUCUGCGCGGUCUGCAAGGAGUGUGCCGAAAUUUCGUAUUUUGACUUCGAUUUAAAGACUAGACUUCACUUUUGUUAUAUGCCGAAUGACUGACAUUCUUGCUCCAGACAUAUAUAGAGCUCACUGGGUUGUCAUUAGAUCGCAGGACUUAGUCUCGUACGCAUACCUUGAGGCGCAUAGACUGAUUGAGAUUUUUGUAAUUGAUUGCAAUUUUAUGGAUAUAAUGGAAACCAGACUUUACUUAAGGAAGUGCAGUGUGGAUUAUAACGGUCGGCAAUCGGUUAGUUUCCAACACUGAAUAGCCGAAUAAUUUUAUUCUGCACGGAAAUUUUGACCGAUCAAAUAAAAUGCUGGCACUGUUUUCAUUCUCUGAAAACGUCGCUCGAUCACCCUGCGGACUCAGGACAUUCAUGCGAAAAGAGUCGGACAACUCUCUGCCUAAAUAGGCAAUUCCAGCUUUUAGUUUAUGCGUGCAGGGGAUGAUAGGAAGUAAGGUAUCAUAGUGCUGAUUAUGCUGAAAAUUUUCAAUAAAAACUACCGAAACAGCCGAAAUAUUUCAAUAUUUACAAGUAUAAGCUAUCGCUCCGUGUUUACACGGGCCACCAUAUCUAUUUUUUCAGCAUAAUCAGCAAUGUGAUACCUUACUUCCCAUCGUCCCCUGCACGCAUAAACUAAAAGCUGGAAUUGCCUAUUGAGUCGUGGGACUUCUCCUGGUACUUCGAUUUCCUCCCACAGGAAUAUUCACAGCAGGGGUGCGAUAAUUAGCGUACUUACCGGAGGUAAGGUCUGGUACUUCUUUGUUUUCAGCCAAGUACCACACGCGGAACUCUCUGCGUACUUAAAUUUUGUUGGAAAACCACGCGAUCGUUCCAAGGCCAAGGUGUUCAAAACCCUACAUGUGUGUAUAGGCUGGCUUUCACUUGCCGAUGUCGAUUCUGAUCGUAAUUCAUCCGCGACUGGCGCAAGAAAUGAAAAAAAUGUUUUGUUGCGACAGUCAGCGGUAGUCGACUGUCGCAACAAACAAAUGAAAUAAAUCAAAUAAAACAAAUGAAAACACUAUUCGCGAGUUGUCGACGACACUGAAAUUGGUGCCUUAAAUCCGACAAUUAAGUCUUGGUAUAAAACAUAUCCCAGAUGAGAUGAGAUGGGGCUAAGGAAUGUUGGAGUCAAUUGAAUUAUGUUCAUGUGUGUGAUUCUGUCCCUUCUUGUUCCCAGUUAGGUUACUGAGUAAAAUUCAUGAAUACCUUUACGAAAUCUGACCUUUAUGUACUUUAUCUUAGAGUCUGAGACUGAAAUACGCUCAAUCUUAAGUUUGUACCAGCUCAAUUGCAAAUACGCGGCAGAAUUAUUGGAGUACCAGUCAGAUACGACUAAAAAUUUUGAAUUAUCGCACGUUGUAAUGGUCCUGGCUUAGGAAACAAAGAUCGCACGCUGUGACAGGGUGGGCUUAGAAAACAAAGAUCAUAUAUCUGCAUUAGCUGCAACAAAAUACAUACCAUGAUUUAAAUGAUAUUGUUACUACUACCAACAACGUGAUUUAAAUUAUAUUGUUACUACUACCAAGAACAUAACUACUGUAUGUUUGCUUUGUAGGACUUUAUGUUCUUUGAAGAAACACAAGGCAGAGAUGACAACACUCAUUAUUAAAUAUACUUCAUCAAACUAUCCAUUAGGCCUGAAAUAUAUCUCCAGGUUAAUAGAUUGCUAGUCAUUAUGCAACAAAAUGUAUAGAUGUGAUUUUUAUCUCGUUCGAAACAGUUUUACUCAUACGUAAGUUAAUGCGUUAUGUAGAUUUAGAUAUAUACGAAUUUGUUACACGAAAAAUUAACAGUCGAUCAAACCUGUAUAUAACAAUACUGUACAUGACAACAGACCUGAGGCGUUGUUACGGGUGAAAUACCCCCCCCCCCCCGCAAAUUUGCAAUUCUUUCAAAACUAGGGAAACCGCGGGGGUGGGUCAAAACCAACAGACAGAAAGUUUUUCGGUCAUCUAUUUUAGAUCCAACGAAGGUAAUCGACAGUUAUGUACAGGUUCGACUUCGACUGUGCUAAAAGCGAUAAUUUUAAUUUAGAUAUAUGACUCAAUAAAAUUGUGUCAAUAUAUAACACUACAUUUGUGCCAGUUAAAAUUUACCUUUACGUAAAAAUAGCUGUAAUUUCACGCUUUUCUAUAGCCGGGCGUUUUCUUGCGCAAGAACGGCAGUAUUUCAAAUAAACUGUUUAGAAGUAUGCAUUCGUUUGAUCCAAACCAGUGAUAAUUGUUGUGGGGUUUUCGAUUGGAAAUGUUAUACAUUUAUUUGACCCAAGCAUGCAUGAUCAGUUUGCGAAAAAUGCAACUAUAGCCAGUAUAGGCCCUCUCACAGGAAUCGGCCCUCUGGGUCCCGUGAUUCCGGUGCAGCGCUCUAACCAACUGAACUACAGAGUCCAGUUGUCGAGCUCUAACCACAAGUUCAUGAAAAGAUACUAAUGAGUAAUGUGAUGGCAAUGUAAGGGGGUAAAUAUCAGGAUUCUGGGUAUCUCAUUCGAUAUAACUGCGUUAGCUGUCGCCUGGUUGAAAUAUUAGGGAGUUUACGAAUGUAAGACGGCGACAUCAGGACGACGGCUAUCAAUACAAUGACAUUAAUCCUAUAGAACAAAAGAAAUGAAUAAUUGAAAGUUUAGU